AUGUGGACGAUCAACCUCGAGCCGGACGCGCCCCGGACCCGACUCGUGCUCUCGCCGUGCCCGUAUUGCCAGGAGCAGUUUGGCACGGCGUCGCUCCCGAUCCACGUCAAGCGGUGCCGGGCGCUGUAUGUGGCACCGACGCCCGAGGUGCCCGAGGUCGUCCCGACCAAAGCCCGGUCGAUCCCGUCGCUUCAAGCCAUGUGUACGCAAAUGAUCUUGGGCAACCUCCACAUCACGUGCUUUAGCGGUCUCUUCACGCAGCCCGCCCACCAAGCGGCCCUCAUUGCGAGUCUGCCCGAGACCAUUUUGCAGCAGAUCUUCAUGCACAUUGUGUACGAGCACCAGAACCGCACGAAGCGCUAUGAGAAGCACAAGGCCAAGCUCCGGCUCGUCAAGGACAACUGCGCGGCGCUGGAGGCCACGUGCGCGCAGGUCCAUGGCUUGCGUAAGGAGGUCGACCGACUUCAGCGGGUCAUCGAGGCCCGCGACGCGCAACACGCCAAGACGCGAACCGCUGCGUCGGAGCUCCGCGCCGAAGUGCAGCGCCUUCAGCAAGAGAACUCGCGGCUCGCCAAAGUCAAUCAACAGCAGCAGGUGCAGCUCCAGGUGCGCACGUUUGCCUUCAAGACCUUGCGUCUCCACCUCAUGCAUGAAUAG